AUGAAAAUUUCAUAUGAAAACUGUAUAGCUUUAAUGUUAAUAUUUUCUCUAGAUAUAGAACAUAUGAGUCAUGCCUUAUGCCCGUGGAAUACUUAUGCUUUUGGAUGUGUUAAAAGCGAAUCUUCUUGCCACAACUACAAAAUUUUGAGGGUUAGCAGUUAUUACGAAAACAGUGAGCGAUAUGUUUUUAAUUUUGAGAUUUAUGAGUUGAGCUCUGAUUCAUGGAGGGUUCUUGAUGGUGUCACUGAUAAAUGGAGGUUACAUCAUUCUGAUGAUGUUGUUUCGUUGAAAGGAAAUGCUUACUGGAUGCACAAAGAUAGAGAAGCUGGCCAUAAUGUCCUACUCAGUUUUGAUUUCACAGCGGAGGUAUUUGUAUCGUUUCCUCUUCCGGAUCAGAGUGAUGAUGAUCGUAGAGAUUUGGCUAUGUCGGUUGUUAGAGAAGAACACCUCGCGGUUUUGCAUCACAAUACUGGAACAUUCUUGACAGAGAUGAAUGUAUGGUUGAGCAAUAAGAUCGAUGAAGCCAAAGAGGUGUCAUGGAGCAAAUUCUUAGUAGUGAGCUUCGAUAACUUUAAGUAUCCACGUUACCCGAAAGAGAUGAAUUUUUGGGUGGACGAUGAGAAUAAAGUGGUAGUAACUUGUGUUAGAGACAUAAACCAUCGUGAUCACGUUUACAUUGUUGGAGAGGAUUUACAUAAACAUGUUUAUGAGGUUGCAAAUGAUACUUGGAUUUGGCCAUGUUUCCUCAGUUAUGUUCCAAGUUUGUGUCACAUCCCCAAGGCAAAAGAAGAAGAAAGCUGAACCGGGCACAUAGCCAAGGCAAAAGAAGAAAAUACAUCCUAUAUGGAUAAAGCUAGUUAGAGUUUUUUUUCUUAAAGGAUAAAGCUAGCUUUUGUUGUCCCUCUGCUUUUGUUUUUUUUUUUUUUUUUUGGUUUUAACUACUGUUUUGAUUUUGAAAUUGAAUAGGUCAUCUUAAUGAUCUUUACUCAAAUACACAUUUUUAUGCUUAUAGAGACAGCUUAUAAUCAUGGCAAUACAUAUAAAGGAGAAAAGGGAAAUAAUGUAAUGGAAAAUCACUAUCUCUCUAUGCUCCAACUAGUCUAUUCCAAGUAUUGUAUAACCGCUCUCAGUCUCACUUUCUUAAAGUUCUCGAGUUCUCAGAAUAAAGAUACAUUAGAGACAAAUGGUACUUACUGUGU